GUCACCGGCCGAACGCGUCCUGUCACUCGAGUCUCACUCUUGUCAUUUUCUGAAACUUGGCAGCCCUGCAGAUAUCCAACAUGUCAGUAUUUUUGGAUUUUACCUGAUUGCUGGUUGCUGCCACACCUCCACCCAUGAUUCCUCCUCAACUUUUGCUCUCUUCCUGUCCUUCACACACGGAGGAUAUGGGUCUGCUCUGAUUGGCUGAAAAGUUAAUGACUGCACUGAUUGGCUGCUCCAGUGUGUCAGUCAUGUGGAUUUUCUGAACUGGCUUAAAGUUUCUGCAUCAUCCUACAUUAUGUUCUGCUAAAUCUGCACUGGUUUUGAAAGAUUUCCGCUCUUCUGCAGGUAAGAGUCAAUUUAUGGUUUAUAGCCCACUUUCUAUUUCCUUUUUCUGUUACAUUGCUGUAACGCUGCACAAUUACACCACACUUUUACUCUUUUUCUUGCUAUAAUGCUGUUCAGAUGUGGAUUUGUGGCCCACUUUGAUCUCUUUUGUAGAUAAAGUUUUACUUUAGUAAUCUCUGAGCUAUGAUUGGCAGAGGUGGAGGUAAAAGUUCUGCAAGUGAAUCUGUCCAGUUUGUCUGUAUAGUAAUAACUGAGGACCCACUUUUGCAGUAAAAUAUUAAAACUUGUAAAAAGUCUGAUACAAUGUGUCCUGCUAUUAAGUAGCACACUACUGUAAAUAUUAUAGAGCUGUGGCAAUUAUGAACCCAACUUACUGUAAAGCUGUCUCUCCAUAUUUAACAUGGGUCAAAUAGAUCUCAUUUGACAUAAUCAAUAAAAAAUGUAUUGCAUAAUUUACAGAAUAUGCUUUAGAAUAUUUGUGUAUUUAUUACCACUCCCCCUGGGAUUUUGUGGACUUUUGGUGAUUGUUGUAGCUUAAAAUUUUUUGUGGAUUUCUUUCAAAAAAAUUUGUUGAAAGUUGUGAUAUUUGUAGGCAUUAUUUCCUUUACAUCACAGGAGAAAGGGUAUUUUAAAAAAUCUCACAUUCUUGUAAUCAACACCAUAUGACAUGAAAAUUAUAUUGUGUAUGUAUGGGGUCUGGGGGCUAAGAGGAUACCUUUGACUCUCUCAGCCAAACUGGUGUGAGGAGGUCUAAUAUGUUGCAACAGAUCAGUUUUCCUGCACCAUGUUUAACAUGUAUGUUCCCAUAUACAGUCCUGCCCUAACCAUAACCCUUAUGUUUUACAGUGAAACCCAGGAUGUGCAACCUGAGGCCCACCAAUCCAAUUAUUGAUGGACAUGGACCUACAGCAGGAACUACAGCAGGAGCUAUUGUUGCUGUGAUUGUGCUCAUCACUGUAACGCUCACCCCAGUCAUUUACUACCGCUGCAGAAAAAGGCAUGGAAGGUUAAGGAGGAAUCCAUGGGCUCAGACAAACUCAUGCAUCUAUUGGCCCAUAAGAAUAGAACAGCUCAGGUGUGAGGAAGAAGAAAACCCGUAUGAGGUAAUGGAGCCUACCUACCCUGUGCUGUCCACCUCUGCAGAGGACAAUGAGAAGAAUGCAUCUAUUGAGGAGGGUCUGACAGCCUGUAUUGAAGCCAAGGAUUUGUGCUCCUCACAGAUAGAAAAAUCAGAGGACAAUGGAUCCAUGGGAAACAGAGAUCAGGCUGAUACUGAAGGACCGGAGCCACGUUCCUUGUACAUAGAAGAUGAGAUGGAUGUUGAAGGACAGGAGCCACAUUCCUUGCACACAGAAGAUGAGAUUGAUGUUGUAGGACAGGAGCCACAUUCCUUGCACACAGAAGAUGAGAUUGAUGUUGAAGGACAGGAGCCAUGUUCCUUGCACACAGAAAAUGAGAAAAAUGCAUCCCACGUGGAGGUCACGACAGCAUUGUGAAACAAAGGAGCCAUGUUCUUCAGAGGAAGAAAGGUCCAAGGAUGAAGAAUCCCUUAAAGUUCUGUAUUCAAGGAUAACAUAAAUAUUAGACAGGUUUAUAUGUGAAAAUUUACCUCAACACAGUUCAGAUUAGGUCACAAAGGAGAACAGGAUGCCCAGGAGCCACAUCCAUGAGGACACAGUGAAGUUCCUAAAUAUGUUUUUGAUAAUUUCAUGUUUGUUCAGUUUGUCUCAGCCUCUUUACUCAAACUUAUGUGAAAUGUGUGGACCUGGCCCUCAUUGAUUAAAGAGGAGGAAAGGACAUCCAAGUGCCACGUUG